AGAGCGUGAGAGCAGCAAAGCCAAUCGCGCGAGUAGUACACCAGCUGAACGUCUUGUCCUUCACUGCCACCCACCCCGCCCACUGCGACCACCAGCUUUUCUCUUGAUGCUCAGAAAGGCCUUACCACCGUCCUUCGCGCUUUCCCGGCCGUCGACUUCUGUUUCUAUCCGUCCAUGCGUCCAUUCGUCCGUCCAUUCCACGCGGCUCUCCUAUUACGUUCCGCUGGAACCUCUUAGUAGACGCGGAAUCGUCGCGCAGACGCGCAGCUCUCUGCGCGCGGCUCGCUCACUCUGUCCUCCCAUGGAACCUGCACGCGGCACGAUGCGACGUAAUAAUUUCACCCGUGGCGACUCGUUCUUUUGCUUCCUUUCGUGACCGUCUUUCGGGGAGCUUUAUUCCUUGGAGUCUGCGGAAUCCAUCGAAUCGUAGCCUUUUAGCGCGCUUUCGCGGUGCUAGCCGACAGUCGCAUUGCCGUCCGUCCUUCAUCUCGUGUACCCUGUCGAUUGUUAAACCGAACGUCACGGCACUCUCCAGGCUCUUUUUACGGCCUAUACCCGUUAUUAUCCGUCUCGUUACCUACCUGAAGGUCUCGUUACCUUGGAGCCGUUCGUCAUUCCUAAAAAUGGGGCAGGCGCGUUCCGCGCAGCCAAUACGCCGGGAGCCGCAACCGCAGCUGUGGCCCAUCUGCCUGUUGCCCUCCGACCUCUUCUCCAACAACCCCGGACCACUUUGCCCGCUAGUAGUUUCAUUCUAGGCUGAUCGUCAAAACUCCCUCGCGCUCUCUUUUACGUCACGUACGUACCCGUUAUAGUCCUCUUGCUUACGUCGCACCGUGGUACAGCCAUGGGGCAGGCGCUUUCCGCGCAGCCGAUACACGAGGAGCCGCAGCCUCAGCUCUGGCCCAUCUGCCUGUCCCCCUCCGACCUCUUCUCCAAUAACCCGCAUCACUUCGGCCCCUUCACGCCCGUUAAUGGCGGCCUCUUCCGCGCGCGCCAAAUCAUGGCGCAAAUCCCGCCGGGCGACGCGCUUCCGGGGCUGCUUUCUAUUUUCCUCGACCGGCUUUCCUCCCCAUCUCUCUCCCCAUCCUCGGAGUUUUCCACCUAUUCCCCCGUUUGAUUCACGCUUCCGCGCCCGUUUCUUCCGCCUCCUCCUCCUCCUCCGCUUCUUCCGCCUCCUCCACCUCCUCUCCUUCCCCGCGCACGCGCGCGCUCCCCCCGCCGUACUUCCCCCUCGUGCACCCGCAGCCGCUGACUCCGCGCUCGCGCUCGCUGCUGCUUCCCCUGGGCGGGACGGAUGACGUCAUCCGCGCGGGGCUCCUAGACAUGCAAGCGCGCGCGGAGGCGGAGUAUCAGCGCCUGGUGGAGCGGAUAGAGGAGGCGGCGGAGCUCGGCGCGGAGCUCGGGGGGGGAACGGCGCGGAGCUCGGCGAAAGAAGCGGAAGCGGAGGCGGAGGCGGAGGGGGAGGGGGAGCCCGCGGUGGCUACUGGGCCAGCGCGCGCAGCCCUGCGGGAGAUGCGCCCGAUGGGCGCAAUGUUACCACCAGCGGAGAGGGGGCGGAAAGCGGUGUUUACUUAAGUGUGGAGCGAAUGGAGGAAGCGCUGCUGGUGGGAAUGGCGUUCUGGAUGGAGUUUUGGGAGCAGUGGGGGGAAGACCCCAGCGCGUCCCUAGAAGCGCCCCGGGCGCGGCGGAGGUCCCUGGGCUCCCCGCGCACGAUGCUCUGGCGCGGGGGGGAGGUUGCGCCGGCCAGGGGGAAAUGGGGCGCGGGCGGGGGGGCAGGCGCUGCGCCUGUGCCUGCUGUUACGCUUCCUAGGUCCGCACAGGCGGAAGGCGGAGCCGCUAAGGAGCGGAAGCGGGUGAGCAUUGUCCUGGCGGUAGGGGAAGGGGAAGGGGAAGGGGGAUGCGGUGAGGGGAAGAUCAGGGGAGAGAAGGACGAGGGGGAACAGGAGAGAGGGGGGAGGGGCGAGCGUCCUGGGGAAACAGAGCGGCAAGUGAAAGGCGCGGGUGGGAAGAGGGUUAACGAGGCACAGGAGGACGAGGCACAGGAGGACGAGGCACAGGAGGACGAGGCACAGGAGGACGAGGCACAGGAGGACGCGAAGCAGGAGGUAGGAAGUGUCAUCGUGGCAGACCACAUCGUUGAAGCACCUGAGGCGGCGCCCGAAUCACCCGAGGCACCUGAGGAGGCACCUGAGGCACCUGACGGCAUCAAUGCUUCAGGUGUCACGCCAGGUGCUGCAGGGGCGGAGCGUGUCUUUGUACCUGCGCCCACUGAACGAGCGGGAACAGAAGGAGCAGCAACAGCACCAGCAACUAUUUCAGCAACAGCGACCGUUCCCCCUUCCCCGGUUCCCCCUUCCUCAGUUCCGCCGUCCCCAGCACUCCCCCCGCCCGCCGCGGGGGGGUGGUUCAGGGAGAGCCUUAGAGAGCGGGAGUACGAACAGUGGCAGGACCUGUGUCGGGCGGCAGGGCGCGCGUGGGAGGAGAGAGAGGAGGCCGUCCAGGCGAGGGGGUUUCUUGGCCAUAAGAGGCGAGCCUCGUGCGUCUCUGCUGUUUCAGGUGUUUCUGCUGCUUCAGGUGCGGCUUCUGUUGUUUCUCCUGGCUCAGGUGGUGGUUCUUUCAGUGCGUCGGGUGCAUCUGCUGCUGCUACCGCUGCAGGUGCUACCAUCACCACCACUGCUGCCGCAACCACCACUGCUGCCGCAACCACCACUGCUGCUGCCACCUCCAGUGCCAUCACCAGCCCCUUGAGCCAGCCAAAGCGGCGGUCCUCUCUGCCGUCCCGCACGGUGAAAGGAGGCAAGAGAAGGAGCAGCAAGGAGAGAGAGGCAGGGGCUGCUGCUGCUGCUGCUGCUGCUGCUGGUGCUGCUGCUGCUGGUGCUGUUGGCUCUGGAGCGCUUAGGGGCGUUGAUGCAGUGGGCAGUACCUCAACCAGUUGGUUCACUUCCGGCUUUGGUGCCACUGACAGCUUCCUGGUUGCUGCUGCUGCACCUGCAGCAUCUACGCCAGCAGCGAGCGGCACUCCCGGGGCCGGCUAUAGUGGCACUGGCAUGUCAGCAUGGACUACAAGCAUGUCCCCCUUAGGCGGCAUGGGCAGCAGCAGUUUCAGCGCCAUACCAUCAUCAUCAUCGUCGGUUCUUCCACCUCGCAACCGGACCCGAUCGGCGGCGUCAACCAUCGACAGCAGCAGCACGAGCAGCCUUAGCACUCUGAGUCUCCUCCCCACGGUUGACAUGACCACUGUAGCGGGCAGCAUGCUCCGGAGUUUUUCGGGCAGCUUGACGCUCUCGUCCCGCCCGAGCGAGGACGGGUCGGUUUCGGGCAGGAGCUUAAGAAGUAAUGCGAGCGCUGCGGGGCAUGGGAGGAGGAGGUGGAGAUCGACCACUAGAAACGGAUUACAGCAGAAGCUGGUGCAAGAUGUGCUUUUAUUGGAUGGGACUGAAACGGAUGUGCCAAGCUAUGCUGACGUGGCGAGGAUGCUGGGGCUUGCAGGGUCGCUGGCCGACCGCCAGCCUGUCAGCAUGGCGCUUUGUAUUCUGCGCGUGCUCGAUAUGGUCGGCCAGACUCGGCCUUUUGUGAGGGUGGAGGAGGGGAGUGACGAGAGUGACUUGGAGGGAGGGGAGGGAGAGGAGGGGGAGGAGGGGGAGGAGGGGGAGGAGGGGGAGGAGGGGGAGGAGGGGAGGAGGGGGAGGAGGGAGAGGAGGAAGGAGGGGAAGGAGGGGAGGUUAGGGAGGAGGAAGCGGCAGGGCAGGAAGGGGGAUGCGUGCUGCUGCCAGAGGUGCUUAAACAGAGAGGUCCCUAUAACGGGUGUGACAAUGACGCAUCAGUAGAGGGUGAGGCCAACGUGCAGAUGGGCCGGGAGCCCGAGGGAGGGGCGCAAGGAAAGGCUGAGAAGCAGCAGGGCGCACAAGGGAAGG